ACGGAUCGUUUUACAGUGAGUGAAAGGCAGCGAACGACAUGUCCUGAAAUUAAACUCGAAUGAUAAUCUUCGGCAAUGGAGAACUUUGUUAACUAACCAAUAAUAAUAUUAAUAAUAAACAGAAAAGCAGCAAUGCAACCUUCAUGUUUUAUGUCUCUCAGUUUUCCUCUGCGUAUAAUUGAUGUUCUCUCUCACCCAUGAAUCUUGUUCACUUUAGCCCCAUGUCUCUUCGCAGCUCAUUCUUAAAAUCCUUCCCUUUUUACUUCCCGCGUAAUUUCAAAGCUCCAUUCACUCUAAUCUUCACUCAAAACCUUCAAAAGUGUUUUAAAAGGGAUUUGGGUGUACAGAGUUUAGCUUGUUAUGCAUUCGCUGAAAUUUCUGAUCAAGAAAAUGAAGAGAGUGCGAGAGGAAUUGAUUUCCUACAUGUGGUGGAUGAGCGUGGAAGUCGCGCUAAAUCUCAAACAUAUCUAUGGCUUUUGGAUUUCUGUUUGAAUUCUGCAUCUUUUUUAGAUUGCAAAAAGCUUCAUUCCAAGAUUUUGAAGAUAGGUUUUGAUAAAGAAAGUGUUUUGUGUGACAAGCUUAUUGAAUUUUAUUUUGCAGUCGGUGAUUUGAACAGUGUAGUUAAGGUUUUUGAUGAUAUGCCUAGUAGAAGUUUGAUGACUUGGAAUAAGGUAUUGUCUGGUCUUGUUGCAAAUAAAACGAGUAACAGAGUGUUGGGUCUCUUUGCGCAAAUGGUUGAGGAAAAUGUAAAUCCAAAUGAAGUUACAGUUGCCAGUGUUUUAAGGGCUUAUGGAAGUGGUAAUGUUGCAUUUUACUAUGUUGAGCAGAUUCAUGCUAGCAUUAUUUCACGUGGGCUUGGAACUAGUUCCAUUGCGUGUAAUCCUUUAAUCGAUUUGUAUGCCAAAAAUGGGUUUAUACGUUCUGCUAGAAAGGUGUUUGAUGAGUUGUGCAUGAAAGAUAGUGUUUCUUGGGUGGCUGUGAUCUCCAGUUAUUCACAGAAUGGAUUUGGAGAAGAAGCUAUUCGCCUAUUCUGUGAAAUGCAUAUAUCAGGACUAUCCCCUACUCCCUAUGUAUUUUCAAGUGUUUUAAGUGCUUGUGCCAAAAUAGAGUUGUUUGAUAUUGGUGAGCAGCUUCAUGCUCUAGUUUUCAAGUGUGGUUUUUUUCUGGAGACGUAUGUGUGCAAUGCUCUAGUGACAUUGUAUUCUCGCUUAGGGAACUUCAUAUCUGCUCAACAAGUUUUCAGCAAAAUAAAGUGUAAAGAUGAAGUUUCAUAUAAUUCAUUAAUCUCUGGGCUUUCUCAGCAGGGAUGUAGUGAUAGGGCUUUAGAGUUGUUUAAGAAAAUGCAGCUUGAUCACCUUAAACCAGAUUGUGUUACAGUUGCAAGUCUCUUAAGUGCUUGUGCAUCUAUCAAGUCUCUUUCUAAGGGAGAACAACUACAUUCAUAUGCGAUAAAAGCAGGAAUGUGUUUAGAUAUUAUAAUUGAAGGUUCUCUGCUUGAUCUUUAUGUGAAAUGCUCUGAUAUAACGACAGCCCAUAAAUUUUUUGCCACCACACAAACAGAAAAUGUGGUUUUAUGGAAUGUGAUGCUUGUGGCAUAUGGACAGUUGGAUAACCUAAGCAAGUCAUUUUGUAUAUUUAGACAAAUGCAGAUUGAGGGAUUGAUACCUAAUCAGUUUACCUACCCAAGUAUUUUGAGAACUUGUACAUCAUUUGGAGCUCUUGAUCUAGGAGAACAAAUCCAUUCCCAAGCAAUAAAGACUGGCUUUGAGUUUAAUGUGUAUGUCUGUAGUGUGCUUAUAGAUAUGUAUGCCAAGCUUGGAAAACUAGAUAUUGCUCGAGGAAUUCUCAGAAGACUCAAUGAGGAGGAUGUUGUUUCAUGGACGGCUUUGAUUGCCGGGUACACACAGCAUGAUUUGUUUACUGAAGCUCUUAAUCUUUUUGACGAAAUGCUAAAUCGGGGGAUCCAAUCAGACAACAUAGGUUUUUCGAGUGCUAUCAGUGCAUGUGCUGGUAUUCAAGCACUGAGUCAAGGACAGCAAAUUCAUGCUCAAUCAUAUAUCUCUGGUUACUCGGAAGAUCUAUCAAUUGGUAAUGCACUUGUUAGCCUUUAUGCUAGAUGUGGUAGAAUUCAAGAAGCAAACUUGGCAUUUGAAAAAAUUGAUGCUAAAGAUAGUAUAUCAUGGAAUGCAUUGAUGUCUGGAUUUGCACAAAGUGGAUACUGUGAGGAAGCACUGAAGAUCUUUGCUCAGAUGACUAGAGCUAACAUAAAAGCUAGUUUGUUCACAUUUGGCUCUGCAGUUAGUGCUGCUGCCAAUAUGGCAAAUAUAAAACAAGGGAAGCAGAUCCAUGCCAUGAUUAUGAAAACAGGGUUUGAUUCAGAAAUUGAAGUUUCUAAUGCUUUAAUCACAUUAUAUGCAAAGUGUGGUUGCAUUGAUGGUGCCAAAAGAGAGUUUUUUGAGAUACCUGAGAAAAAUGAGAUUUCUUGGAAUGCUAUGAUCACAGGCUAUUCUCAACACGGAUGUGGUAUUGAAGCAGUAAAUCUUUUUCAGAAAAUGAAACAAGUUGGUGCAAAGCCAAACCAUGUCACUUUUGUGGGAGUUAUAUCAGCUUGUAGCCAUGUGGGUUUGGUGAAUGAAGGUCUUGCCUACUUUGAGUCCAUGAGCAAAGAGCAUGGCUUGGUGCCUAAGCCAGAACAUUAUGCUUGUGUUGUGGAUCUUCUCUGCCGUGCUGGUCUUUUGAGCCGUGCAAGAAAAUUUAUUGAUGAGAUGCCAAUUGAACCAGAUGCAAUGGUUUGGAGGACCCUAUUAAGUGCUUGUACUAUUCAUAAGGACACUGAAGUUGGAGAGAUUGCUGCUCGACAUCUGCUGGAGUUGGAACCUGAAGAUUCAGCAUCUUAUGUUCUUUUAUCAAAUAUGUAUGCAGUGGCUGGGAAAUGGGAUUGUCGGGAUCACACCAGGAAAGUAAUGAAAAACAGGGGUGUGAAGAAAGAACCUGGUCGUAGCUGGAUUGAGGUUAGGAACUCAGUUUAUGCAUUUUUUGUUGGUGAUAGGCUCCAUCCACUAGCAGAUAAAAUUUAUGAAUUCUUGACUGAUCUGAAUAAACGAGCAGCAGAAAUUGGUUACAUCCAAGAUCGAUUCAGCCUGUUGAAUGAUGAAGAGCAGGAGCAGAAGGACCCAAGUGUAUAUAUUCACAGUGAGAAAUUGGCUAUUGCAUUUGGACUACUUAGUUUGAGUGAUCCAAUUCCUAUACGUGUAAUAAAGAAUCUCCGUGUCUGUAAUGACUGCCAUACAUGGAUUAAGUUUGUAUCAAAAAUUUCAAAUCGGACAAUUGUGGUACGAGAUGCAUACCGUUUUCAUCAUUUUGAAGGUGGUAUUUGUUCAUGUACGGAUUAUUGGUAAGCAAAAUUGCAUAAAGAGUAUCACUGGAAACAAGGAACUCAAGAGGAUCUGAAACCUUAUGAUUCCGUAGAAAUCUGCACCAGUUGGUAAUUUUAGCUGAUGGAGUUGGACAGUGUAGGGUAAUUGCUUUUCUUUUUCUUUUAUUUGGAAGAUUUUAAUAGAUUAUUGGUUUGGAAGAUUUUCAUGUGAAGGCAAUUUUCUCCUUUGAUAAGCUCAUUUGUGCUGUUUGUUGCCUACAGCCAAGUCGCCUCCAAGCUGUCUGCUCUUUCACCCGUUGGUAUAAGGGUGGUGUUUGUUCCUGUAGUGAUUACAGUUCUGGAAAUUGAUUCUCUGAGGUAUAAUUCUACCUUGAAUGACAUGAUAACUCCAGACUUCAGAGAUUCUUAGCUGGGAGGGAUUCUCUCUCUAUUUCAGGACCUUGACAAUGUGAAAUUACCAGGGAGGUAGCAUCUUCUUCUCUUCCACUCAACAGUCGGGUAGCCAUUGUGACUGGGGCUUCACGCGGCAUUGGUCGUGCCAUUUCCAUUCACCUGCACUCUCUUGGUGCUAAAGUUGUGCUCAACUAUGCUUCAAGCUCCACCCAAGCUGAUCACCUUGCAUCAGAGCUCAAUGCCUCAGCUUCGGCUUCUCACCCCCAUGCAGUUGUUAUCAAAGCUGAU